AUGACCUCCGACAUCCUGGCCGAGCGCACCCUGGGCGACUUCCUGUCCGAGCACCCGGGCGAGCUGGUGCGCACCGGCAGCCCGCAGUUCGUGUGCACCGUGCUGCCGCCGCACUGGCGCUCCAACAAGACGCUGCCCGUGGCCUUCAAGGUCGUGGCGCUGGGAGACGUCCUGGACGGAACGCUAGUCACCGUGCGCGCCGGCAACGACGAGAACUACUGCGCCGAGCUGCGCAACUGCACGGCCGUCAUGAAGAACCAGGUGGCCAAGUUCAACGACCUGCGCUUCGUGGGUCGCUCCGGCAGGGGGAAGAGCUUCACGCUGACCAUCACCGUCAGCUCGUCCCCGCCGCAGAUGACGACCUACAACAAGGCGAUCAAGGUCACCGUCGACGGUCCCCGGGAGCCCAGGUCCAAGACAAGUAAGCCGCAUCCUUCCUCCGCUCUGCAUGUCGGCUUCGUGGCCGGGCAACACCAGCGCCAUUUCCCCGCUGCCGGGAUCGGCUGCAAGCUACUCAUACGCUCUCACUUUCUGGAGGCGGGCGUCUGA